CCUUGCUUCCAGGGUUUCAAAACCUUUGCUCGGGUGUAACCUUAUUAUUGUCCCCCAGGAUUUAUUUCCUGCUUGGCACUUCCGUGUUCAAAUUUUCAUCGCGUUAAUGACAGUGUUAGAAAUACUAAAGGUCCCUUUCAGUUUUUUCCACAUUGCCUACUUUCUAGGAGCUAUUCUGGCCUUUUCUUAUUCUCCAUUCUUUGGCUGAGAGCAGUCCUAGUCCCGGAAGCAAAAGCCCUAGACUGCUCGUGUUACUCUUAAAAGCCACCCUUCAUUCCCACAACGGAAGCUGCUGUUCUAGCAGUGAAAGAGGUCCGGCGUGGUCUUUGGUUCGUUAUGUCCACCAACAAUAUGUCCGACCCACGGAGACCCAACAAAGUGCUGAGGUAUAAGCCUCCGCCGAGCGAGUGCAACCCAGCUUUGGACGACCCGACUCCGGACUACAUGAAUCUUCUCGGCAUGAUCUUCAGCAUGUGCGGGCUCAUGCUUAAGCUGAAGUGGUGUGCUUGGGUUGCCGACUACUGUUCCUUUAUCAGCUUUGCCAAUUCCCGGAGCUCGGAGGACACUAAGCAGAUGAUGAGUAGCUUCAUGCUCUCAAUCUCUGCCGUGGUGAUGUCCUAUCUGCAGAAUCCUCAGCCCAUGACGCCCCCGUGGUGAUGUCUACUAGAAGGCUUGGAUCCUGGACUCCUGUCCACCUUCUCUCUGGCCUAGCCUUUGACUGCCUCCAACCUGCCCUUGGCUGCUGUCUGUAAACUCACCUGAGUGUUGUCUCUGGUCUCCCAGCUGAAUAGAGGGGAGGAUGGCCCUUUCUUUGGGGUCCUGCUUCUGCUUUGACAAAGGGGUAAACCCGCAGACUUCCCUUUUAUCUCCCUCCCCUGGCUACUGUUAUGAGAAACACUGUUCAUGUUUCUAAGUAUUCGCUUGUUUUCUUGUUGAAACCAGUUGAUAAAAAAUUUUCCACUCUG